AUGGAUACGAAAGAAUCCAUUGAUGAUGUAGUAAAUUGCAUCGAUUUUAAUCAGACAGGUGCAUGUAUCUCCUUGGGGACAUCCAGAGGAUAUGAUAUUUUUAAUUGUGAUCCAUUUGGUAAAUUUUAUUCAGAGAGUGAACCAGAUAUUGGUGGUUAUAGUAUUGUAGAAAUGCUUUUUUCAACAUCUUUGGUAGCAUUGGUAGGGAAUGGUGAUUCUCCUAAUUUAUCUCCAAGAAAGCUAAGAUUGGUCAAUAUAAAGAAACGUUCUAUAAUAUGUGAGAUAACAUUUCCGACUUCUAUUCUUUCUGUUAAGAUGAAUAAAUCUAGGGUUGUAGUUUUAUUGAAUCUACAGAUAUACAUUUAUGAUAUAAAUAAUAUGACGUUGUUGUACGUUAUAGAUCGUGAGCCAAACCAGACGAACCUUAUUAGCCUCUCCCCAAAUCUUGAUAAUAAUGUUCUGGCUUAUCCAUCCACAUCCACAGCAAUAUAUUCAGAAAUACGACCAAAUGUGACUAGUAAUAAUAUUAACAUAUUACAUAGUAAAUUAAGUGAUCCGUUAAGUGAUGAUGCUGUAAGCAAUAAUGUGGAGACCGCAGUUGAUAUCGAUGAAUAUGAAGAUAAUGAAAAUAUUGGUUUUGAGGAGAACACUAAUAAUGAAAAUAAUGAAUCCUAUAGUCGACGGGCCGCAGAACUUAAUCUUGAUAAUUCCAACAAUAAUAACAAUAUAAGUAAUAAUGUUGAUAAUUCAGAUCGACCCAUUAAUAAUGGCGAUGUAAUAUUAUUUGAUUUAGAUGAGUUGCAACCAACUAUGGUGAUAGAGGCUCAUCAAAAUGGGAUAGCUGCAUUAGCUUUAAGUCCCGAUGGAUUAUUUUUGGCUACGGCUUCAGAGAAAGGUACUAUUAUACGUAUAUUUAAUGCUACUACAGGUUUUAAACUUUAUCAAUUUAGAAGAGGUACAUAUAGUACAAAGAUAUAUUCUAUGAGUUUCAGUGAAGAUAACCAAUUUCUUUUAGCUUGUUCAUCAAGUAAGACUGUUCAUAUUUUCAAACUUGGUAAUAUAAUUGGUAAUAAUGGAUUAGGCGUCGAAAAUGAUCGAGUCAAUGGAGAUAUUAUUAAGGAUGAUGAUGAUGCUGCUGAUGAUAAUAAUAAUAAUUUAAAUAACAGUUGUGGCGGAGGUUAUAUUGAUGAUUCCACAGUUAGAAAACCAUAUGUUGAUGCAUCAAGAAAGACAGUAGCAAGAAUGAUAAGAAAUUCUUCACAAAAUUUAACUAGACGAGCAGCAAAGACAUUAGGACAAAUUUUCCCUUAUAAAGUUACAUCGAUCCUUGAACCUUCACGUCAUUUUGCUAGUCUUAAGAUACCUAUAAAAGAUGAUGUUGAUAAGCAUGUUCGUAGUUCCGCAUUUAUUGGUGGUACUACGGAAAUUAGUAUAUCCGAUUAUCCUGAAUUAUUUUCAAUUGAAGACAAGAGAUCAAAUAUUACUAAUAAAAAUAAUAGUGGAGGUACAGUGACUGGGAAUAUAGGUAUUCAUGGUAAUCGUGCAUUCCAAAAUGGUUAUAAAAUGAAUUCUGAAUCAAAUCAAUUACCUACUACUACUACGACAGCUAGUAGUAUCACUAUGAUGGUAAUCCGUGUUGUUACAACAGAAGGAUAUCUAUAUAAUUAUGUUCUAGAUCCUGAACGUGGAGGUGAUUGUCUUCUAUUAUCGCAAUAUUCACUUAUUGAACAGUGA